GCCUCCUCUUUUUGUGCUUUCCUCGUUCCCGCCUAGGUUGGUCCGUCAUGGCCGUCCUCAGCCGUCUGAGCCCAAGUCUGAGCCCAAGUCUGAGCUUCGGUAUCAGGCUCGGGUCCCUCCCGGAGUUGCUGGCCAAAUGGUGGAGUGUCGCCGCAGUCGGUGGCGGCGCGCUGUACUUUGUCACGAAAGUACUCUACCGCCGCUUCCUUCACCCGCUUGCAAACGUCCCCGGCCCGUUUUUGCCUGCCGUGACGAGGCUGUAUGCGUGGUACUUCAAUGUGCCCAAGGAGGGCAAGUUCUACAAAGAGAUUGAACGGUUAUACAACGUCUAUGGCCCCAUUGUGCGAAUCACUCCGGAUGAAGUCCAUCUUACCAACCCCAAGUACUACGAUGUAGUGUAUGGCGUCAAGAGUGACUUCUACAAGGACCCGCGCUUCUACGGCGCUCUGGGUAUCGACAGGGCAACGUUUGCGACGGUAUCAAACGACCUCCACCGCCGUCGCCGCGCCGCCCUCAAUCCCUUCUUUUCCCGCCGCAAGGUACUCGAGCUGGAAGACAUUGUCCAUUCCAAGGUGGACAAGCUGUGUCGCCGUGUGAGAGCCAACCGCGCUACCGGGCAGCCCACCAAUCUACACGCCGCCUUCCGCGCCAUUAGUGUUGAUACCAUCACCGACUAUGCCUUUGACGAAUGCUGGAACCAACUCGAUGCCGAUGAUCUCGGUGAGUGGUUCAGUGACAUGGUUCGCGGCUCCACGCCCAUGUUCUGGACCUUCCAGGCGUUCCCCUCUCUCCGCGACCCGAUCCAGGGCCUGCCGGAGUGGAUUGCUAAGCGCAUGAGCCCUGCGGUUGCUGACUUUCUAGGCUGUCAGAUUAGAACGAGUCAACAAGUUCAAGAUGUUCAGGCCCGCAUCGACCAGGGAAUCAAGCCCAAGCGUCCUACCGUAUUCCACCAACUUCUGGAUCCCAACGCGUCAGAGGGCCACGUCGUGCCGACGGUCAACGACCUCGUCGAUGAGUCUUUUUCCAUCUGCACUGCCGCGGCCGACACUACCGGAAACGCCAUGACCAUGGCUGCCUUUCACGUCGUGACAAAUCCCGUCAUUUACCAGAAUGUCAUCCGUGAGCUGCGAGAAGCAUUUCCAGACGCUACUGCCGAACUGAGCUUUACCGAACUCGAAAAGCUGCCUUUUCUGACUGGCGUCAUCAAGGAGGGGCAACGACUCUCCUAUGGCGUCAUAAGUCGUCUCCCCCGAGUUGUUCCUGAAGGUGGUGCUGAGAUUGAGGGUCACUACCUCCCCAGCGGAACCGUCGUUAGCAUGUCCUCCUGGAUGAUGCACCACGAUCCCGUUGCUUUCCCCGACCCCGAAGUCUUUGACCCAACUCGUUGGACCGAUCCCUCCGCCUUCCAUGAGCGAGAAAGGUGCCUCGUGGCAUUCUCCCGUGGCCGCCGCAUGUGUAUCGGCCACAACUUGGCCUGGUGUGAGAUGUACGUAACCUUGGGGACACUCUUCCGGCGCUUCGAAACCCUGCGUCCCUUUGAGGUCACCGCUGAGGACAUGGUUUAUGAGGACUGCUUCUCGGCAUUCAACCCACCUGACAAGAAGAAGUUCAAGGUUAUUGGUGGCGGGCUGGAGGACUCGUUUAUUCACGUGUAACUCAGCGUUUGGGUCGUGGUCAUCUAUAGUGACACUGCUUGUUUGCUUGUUUUGUGAGAGGCCACGCGAUACUGGCCAUUAACAAACAUUCGGGCGAAAAAGUGGAAAGCGUCAUUUUGCCACUCUUGCUGCGACUGGACUAGUCCGUAACUCAACAACUACAAACGAGGAUAUCCCAAGGACAAGUAACAAAUGGAACUACAGCCUAAUAGUAUCCUGUAAAAACCCUGUCAAAUAGAAGCCUAACUUUAAGCGCAAUAGCAUGGGAAAUGUUGAGGCUUGAGCGGUGGUGCCAUUGACGUCCAGGGAAAAUUGAAGGGAUAUGGAGCGUCAUUGGGGUCAAGUCGGGAUGAGUGUCAGCCAAUUGAGUUGCGCAAUCCUUCUCCAAUACCUACCAGCUGGAACGUAUCGAACAGAAAGCUCUAAGAAGUUGAAUCGGAGACCUCUCCCGUUCAACGGCUAACGAGUCUGGUGCAGCAGGCUGAUUAAUAUAAGGC